AUGACCAGUCUUGCAGAAAAGGUAGCUCAAGCUGCACUUGACUGCUUCUCUGCCCUCCCACAGAAAUGUAAGCCCCGCACUGCUGCCGGUGGGCGGAAGGAGUGGACGCCCCUGGCUGCGGUGGUGAUUAGUCGCGGGCAUGACGAUGCCAUCGUUGAGUGUCUCUCCCUUGGGACAGGGACGAAGUGUCUUCCGGCCGUCGCUGUACCCAAUUGUCACGGCGCCGUCUUGCACGAUUCGCACGCUGAAGUAUUGGCUCUUCGUGGCUUCAACCGUUGGCUCCUGCAAGAAAUUCACUACCAGCUCGUUAACUUGAACUACACAUCGCCUUACCUUAUCCGGCAGAUACCACGAGAAGGCGAUCGACACUCCAAACCUUUCCGUCUCGCAGACGAUGUCUCGCUCUAUUUCUUCGCGACCGAAGCGCCUUGCGGCGAUGCUUCCAUGGAGUUGCUGAUCGGUUCCAAAACUCCCGAAGAUGCAAUUCCAUGGGAACUACCCAGUUCAGACAGUUCGCUGCCCGGCAGAGGACACUUUUCGAUACUCGGCGCAGUGCGGCGAAAGCCAGCCCGGGCAGAUGCACAGGCGUCCAUGUCGAAAUCGUGUUCCGAUAAGCUUGCCAUCAAGCAGGCAACCAGUAUCCUCAGCUUCCCUGUGGACUUGUUGGUGCAACGAACCCCGAACACAUUUCUAUCCGCACUCAUCAUUCCCUCUAGUCAAUACAACGAGACUGGGUACCAUAGAGCAUUUGGGCCGACAGGCAGGAUGCAGAGCAUCGACUCUGACAACGUGCUGUUUUUCAAUGUCAUCAGUCUGCCCCACAACGCAGUUCGGUUCCAGUUUGAGAAACGUCGUAAUGACCUGGAGCCCGCAAAAGCGAGCAACGUGUCUGCGCUUUGGAUUCGCGGGUAUAACGAAAUCGCUGGUCAUUCCAUCGAGGUGCUCCUCAACGGUGUCAAGCAGGGCUUCAAACAGUUUGAGCAUCACCGAGGUAAGGAGAGCAUGGUCUGCCGAAAACAGAUGUGGCUGCAAGGUUCCAUUAUCAUUCGACUGCUGCAAGUAGACGCUCUGAAUGAUGGCACUCUCAGCUACAAGAACGCCAAGAACGACCCAGCUCGUUCAGCCUGUGUUGAAAUACGGAACACAGCCACCCAACGCCUCGGCAACUGGCACAAGAAUGCAGGCGAUGAUGCCUGGACCUUGACGUGA